AAAUAAUAACAACAUUGGCAAAAUGGGAACCGACGCGAUGCUUUUCAUUUUCGCCCUUUUAGACGAAGGAGCACUUUUAUUUCUUUCGGUUUAUUUCGUUAUAACAUUAUCAGAUUUAGAAAGUGAUUAUUUAAAUGCUACAACUUGUUGUGAUAAACUCAACUUAUGGAUGUUACCAGAAAUAAUCGGUCAAUUUUUACCCAGUAUUUUAUUUUUAAUUACUGGUCAUUGGAUACUGUUUUUACUCUACACCCCACUAGGAGCAUGGCUCACUUUCAAGAUGGCAACGAAACCCAGUGGUAAUAUUGGGAUGUUUGAUCCCACAGAAAUACAUAAUCGACAACAACUGAAACUCUAUAUGAGAGAAAGUUUAAUUCGUUUAGGAACUCAUUUAUUUUUCUUUUUUGUUUUUCUUUAUUUAAUGAUCUAUAAUUUAGUAAAAGGUGAUGAAGUGAGCUGAAAGAGACAAGAGGAAGAGUUAACUCAGUUUGGGAUGUUGUCAGAAAGCUUGUAAUUAACCUUCUGUUAUAAAGUUUAUCCAAAAGUUUUCCUUUUUGCCUUGCGUACAGUUAUUUGUCUUCCACUCAAUUAGCAAAAUGUUACGUAUCAUUUAGCAUUUUACUACUGAACAAGUCGUUUACAAGAACCUUACAUUUUAUUUGCUUUGCAAUUCAUUAGAAAAAGACAAGAAUCUUUAUAAUAUUUUGCCAACUGAACAAAGGGCUUGUUGGUUUAUGUGUUAAUCUUGUUGGAAUAACAUCAACUAAUUACAAGUUUUACUGUUGUAUUUCAAAUUUAAUUGAUGAUGUUGCAAACUUUUUUAUCUUCAGAUACUAGACAUCAGAACAAACUUUAGUAUUCGGUGGUUUUGAAAAUGUUACAGGGAUAUUGUUGUUUAAAUAAUACGUUAUUAGUUGAUAAAGCUGAAGCUAUGCAUCUCAAACCUAUGUCUAUGAGAAAACAAAAACUGUACCUUGACUGCAAUAGCCACCUUUCUUGUUUAACAGAAGUUUGUUAUUGCAGUGAUUUGAUUGAUUUGAACGCUGUCGAAUACAGCCAAUCAGAGCUUUUGACCUAAAGACACUAAAGUGUAUUGUUAAGACUUUCUGGCAAGGACUAUGAUUAGCUGUAUUUGCUAAUGUACAAUCCAAACCAAGUACUGCAUUUACAAA